AUGUGUUCUUGCUCCGCCCACUUCAUAGAGGAUGCAUGGAAGCUCCUCCCGUCCUCGGAGUACACACUCGCCAUCCCAACUUCCCAAGUCCGUACUCACCAAGUACAGGAGUCCAGACUUGUGUUCUUGUGUAUUGGGAAACGGUCCGGGUCUCUGUGGUUCUGUGAUUUCACACUGGAUCUAAACACAGUAAACCCUGAUCUCUCUCUGAGUGAGGAGAACAGGAGGGUGGAGAGGAGAGAGGAGCUGCAGUCGUAUCCUGAUCAUCCAGAGAGAUUUGAUGAGUGGCCGCAGGUUCUGAGUAAAGAGAGAGUAACUGGUGUAACUGGUGAUACUGGUGAUACUGGACGCUGUUACUGGGAGGCUGAGUGGAGAGAUGGAGGAGGAGGAGGAGUUGUUGUAGCUCUGAGUUAUAAAACCAUCAGCAGGAAAGGAUUAGGAUCAGACUGUAAGUUUGGAUGGAAUAUAAACUCCUGGAGUCUGUUCUGCACUGAUAACAGAUACUCUGUUCUUCACAAUAAUAACAGAACUGAUCUCUCCACUCGUCCCUCCGGCUGUAGGAGAGUAGGAGUGUAUGUGGACUGUCCCUCCGGCACUCUGUCCUUCUACAGAGUCUCCUCUGAUACACACUCACACACUCUCACACACUUACACACAUUCUACACCACCUUUACUCAGCCCCUCUAUGCAGGGAUCGGGGUUUAUGGUUCUGGCUCCUCAGUGACUCUGUGUAAAAUAGAAUAACCCUGUGUGUGUGUGUAGUGUGUGUGUGUGUGUGUGUGUGUGUGUGUGUGUAUAGUGAGUGUGUGUGUGUGUGUGUGUGU